GUUUAGCAUUUAGCCUAGCAUUGAGAUAAUAGAAUGUUCUCUUGUUAACUUCUAAAGCCACUAUUUGUAAAGUUUGUUUUAUUUAUCUUUGAAUCAUCUUUUGGGGGCUUUUCUAAGCAAAUAUUGAUAUAUGUGAUUGAUUAACUGAUUGAUUGUCAUGUCAUGUAAUUAAUUUGAGUAAAACCUUUGAUUGAUAGUGCAUAUCCCACAACGAAAAAGGCUUGCAUCUGCGAGUGUAUGAUUGUUUUUACUCAACAGAGAUUAUAGCAAUUAAAACUGUUUGUUCUGCCAAGUGUGUUGGCCCUCAUUCCUGUCCUCAGAUCGAGAAUUAAAUGUAAGAAAACAGCACAUGGUGCAGCAUGCAUAUCUGAGCGCAGAUCAUUGCAUCAUAUGGUUUUUCACAUAAACGCACCAAACCUUACAAGCAAUUAUUGCCUCUAUAAAAUACCCAUGUUUUUCUUUCCACUGUUUAAUUGCGGUCAAACAAAUGACUCGCUAUUUUGAGUAUGCACAUACCUCAGAGUUCUUCCUCUCAGAGUGCUUUCCCCAGUAAUCGUGCUCUCGCAAGAUAGUUAGCUGUUGGAAAAGUCUCAAAUGCAUCUGUUCCCUAGUACAAGAUGUGCAUGAAAAGAUGAGAAAUCAUCAUGACUGAUUCCAUGCAUACCUGCAGGAGGUCACUUGAAAAACCUGGAGUGGGUGGAGGGGUGGUACUCAAGGACGAGUUGUAACAACAAGCAUUGUAAAAACAGCACAAUACCUCCAGGAAAUGUUCUGCUCAUGCCACCGUCAGACUGGAAAUUCUGAGGACGACCUCAGCUGGGUUAGGGCUGGGUGGAAACAACACAGGGGUUAAGUCUGUGUCGGCCAAGACUUAAUUAUGAUUUUUUUUCUCUCAGCAUGCAUGGAGAUACUUUAUUUUAGUCUCUCUUGCUGUUAAUGGGUGUGGAAUGUGGAUUAACACAGAUUCAGAUGCCAACUGCCAACAAAAGGGGAAAUUAGGCCUACCCCACUGAAAAGAUUAGAUUGGAACUGUUUGAAUUUCCCGGCUGGUCCAGAAGGUUAUUCUGGUAUGGUUAAGCUCGUUUCUUUGGUGAAGCUAGUUGAUCCCAGCAUCCACAACCCAACAUAUGCUGGUGAUAUGGUGGUCUUUUCAUCAGGAUAGGAACAACCUUGUUCUAGAUGUGGUCAGCCAUGUCUAGAAUAUUUGGAACAAGCCAGAUGCUACUCAAGACGGAAUUAGAUUAAUUUACCACAGUUAACAGGUCUUUCAGGUUAGUGUUGCAAGGAGUCUCCAUCUGAGCCACCAAUAUACUAUCUGAAUGUGCAUGUGUAUCCAUUACGUAUAUGUAUUUGUGGGGCACCACUGGUUUCCGGGCCAGGCAUUUUACAGAGCUUUUCUUGUGGUUGGCACAUGUGUGUGAUUGAAGUCUAUGGUGGGUGGGUGCAGGGCCUGUGGUUUCUCCCCCAGCUUCAGGCCCCGGGGUACCCAGCGCCCAGAUCAAUCACUGGCUUAUGGAAGCAAACAUUUCUUUUUUGGACACAGUGAUGUGGGUGAGGCAAUCAAGCGUAAGCAUUCAGUGUGACUCCACUGGUGACUUAUGCUGUGGUGUGAGUGUGUAUACUCAUUAGUUGGCAGCGCCAUUGCGAAGUUAAAUGAGACAAAAGCCUGUAGUUUACAUUGAGACCAAACCAACUAGAGUUUUUAACCAACUCAACACAUAUUCUGACAUUUUACAUAGAAAACUUCAAUGCAAAAUACCAGUAAAUAUGAGGUCAUGAAAACAUUGAUUGGGGGAGUCACUCCACAAACUCAGUAUUGGUCAAGUCAAGUCAAGUCAAGUCAUCUUUAUUUAUAUAGCACUUUUUACAAUGCAGAUUGUGUCAAAGCAGCUUUACAGUGAUAACUGGUAUAUAAUUUUGGCUGCACAGCAGCUCUUAAAGAAAAUGGUGUCAAUGCAGGCAGAUCAAAGCACUGUUGAAUAUCAAAUGUCAAGUGUCCCCAACUAAGCAAGCCAAAGGCGACAGCGGCAAGGAACCCAAACUCCAACAGGUGACAUCAGGUGGCAAACAGGUGUUAAAAUGGAGAAAAAAACCUUGGGAGAAACCAGGCUUAGUUGGGGGGCCAGUUCUCCUCUGGCGAACAGUGCUUUGUUACGAUUCAGAUAGCUAUCAUAAGUCCGAUGGGAUCGCAACAUUCAAAGUAUUUAUUCCAGUUCCAUCCAGUUGAGGAUAGUAUUCAUCACGCCGGUAUGGACGGUUUGUUGAGGAACUGUGCCACUGGCUGUCGUGUCAAUGAGGCCUUCACAGUGGAUGAUCUAGUUGACUCAAUCUCUGCUGAUACUUGGGGCUGCGUUAUGGUCAUGUCAAGGCGCAGGUCCUCGAUCUCACCUGGAUACGGCCCGGAUCCGGUUGACUACGUGGAUCCAGAUGAAGACCUUCAUUUGUAUCAUCAGCACCGUAGAGAGUUUCGCUUUGACCUCUCCCGCAUCCCAGUGGGAGAAACCGUGACUGCUGCAGAGUUCCGUAUCUACAAGGACUUUGUGCACGAGCGUUAUGAAAAUGAGACAUUCCGUGUCAGUGUGUUCCAGGUGCUUCGACAGCAGCCCAAAAGGGAGCUGUACCUGCUGGACUCACGAGUGGUAUGGGCGGCAGAAGAGGGAUGGCUGGUAUUUGACCUCACGGUCACCAGUAACCACUGGGUCAUAAACCCAGGUCAGAACUUGGGACUGCAGCUUUCUCUGGAAACCGCACAUGGUGAAAGAAUGAACCCAAGGAGAGCAGGUCUGGUGGGCAGCAGUGGACCUCAGAAUAAGCAGCCUUUUAUGGUAGCGUUUUUGAAAGCAUCAGGAAUCCACCUCCGAAGUGUACGCUCAGCAUCAGGAGACAAACAGAGGGGUCACCACCGUUCUAAAACCCCCAAACCUGGUGUUGCACCCAGCCAGGUGGCUUUAAAGACAGCUGAGGCCACAGAUGGUGCCAGUGUAGACCCCAAACAAGGGUGCAAGAAGCAUGAACUCUAUGUCAGCUUUAGAGAUCUGGGAUGGCAGGACUGGAUCAUUGCUCCAGAGGGUUACGCUGCGUACUACUGUGAAGGAGAAUGUGUGUUUCCUUUGAACUCUUAUAUGAACGCCACAAACCAUGCUAUUGUACAGACACUGGUCCAUUUCAUAAACCCAGAAACAGUCCCAAAGCCCUGCUGCGCUCCAACUCAGCUGCACGGUAUUUCCGUUUUGUACUUCGAUGACAGUUCCAAUGUAAUAUUGAAAAAGUACCGCAACAUGGUCGUCAGAGCCUGCGGAUGCCACUAAUCAUUACUUCUGCCCUUGGGAUUCAUAAAGGAUGGAAAAAAUAUGGGAUGCAAAUACUGAUUAUUUUGACAAUCAAGUGCCCAGGGAGGAAAGAGACUCAUUACUGGAGCAAAACUGGACUUUUCUGUUAGAAGAGAAUACCCUCAAAGCAUACAUUUUCAUGUAAAACUCAAAACUCCUGGAAUUGUAUGAGGUUGACCACAGCUGAGUCAAGUGUGUGGUGUUCUGGCUUUCAUUUCUGUAUAGAAAGCCAAGUUUGGAGUAUCAAAGAAGACAUGAGCAGAUACAGCGAGGAAAAAAAAAAAAAAAAAAAAACUGGCCUCAGAGAUUUAACCACACUGAUCAGGGAAGAUGCAAUUGAUUUAAGCAUGUUGCUCUAUAGAGAUUUAAUUAUAAAACCACUUGUACACACAAUGGCAUGAUUUCUGUAUAUAAUUCACUUAAGUAAUUUCUGGAUGUAAAUCCUGCCAUGACUAACCUUAUCAAUAAGCCUGAGACCACUAGUGAAAAUGCUUUUAUUUUGGUGAAAUGAAAAUGAUUUUAUUUUUUAAUAUUUUUACUUUAAAAUUUAUAUUAUAAGCAUAACAAUGUGAGUAAAAAUUUAAAUGAAAAACAAAUAUGAAUUUGAGAAUGUUUUAGUACUUGGCAUGUCCCCCUUCCAGCAUGAUCUGAAAAUAGAGCAUCUUGUGUGCUUCAGUGGGAGAAUUCAUAAUCUUUAAUAUUUAUUUUUAAGUUUUACAUCAAAAUUUGUUUAUUUCCAGGUUUAAAUAAGAUGUUAAAUCACAGAAAUUCCAUGUGGUCACAGACUUUUAGACCCCACUGUAUUUCAGCACAAGAUCUGGUGUCCGUUACAAUGAGUUGAAGCAAUGUUUUCGCUCUUCACAAAAUUGCACUAUUUCAGGACACUCAACAAACCCUUUCACAUAUGUUUAGCACUCGAUUAAACAGGACUGCAAAAAAUAUGAAAUUCAGUUUCAGUCUUGGGUUUGUCUUUGGUUUCGUCACAUACAUGAAAGAACACAUGUUUUCUCUCAGCAGUUAUCAGUCAUUCAGUCAAUAAAAAGACAUAUGCCUGGAUUUGGCCUUUCAGGCGUUUCAGAAGAGUCAAGCUCUUAGUUUUGUGUUUACAACUCCAUUGGAAAUUGAUUUCAUGUGAAUAUGUUUCAAUUACUUUGGAUCUCAUUUAUUAAUAAUUUUACAUACUUUUGUGCACAGGAUAGGUUCUCAUGCUAAAUUUCUGUCAGACUCAAUAUAUGUGUAUGUGCAUACUUUGUUCCCACCCUCAUUUUGCUGUUGGUGAAUCCAGUGUUAUACAAAAGUGUGAAUGCAAGAUCCUCAUUCCUCAAUACCUAAUCAAAAACAUCAGCACAUUAUCAUGAUAUCUUGUUUAUGCUAAUCAAAAGGGCUUUUCUUAACCAGUUAGCACUCUAUGCUAAGCUAGUAGGCUGUGCUGUUAUCUUGCUAACCGGAUGCUAACUGAAAACAUUAAGAAAAGGAAAUGUUUCAUUGUACUUUAGUUAUUAUAGUUACUGUAAUAUAAUAUGUAAUUUAAAACACAAUAACAUAUUUUCUUGAUUAAGACUAAAAAGAUAAAUGUAAUUUCUAAUCAGACACUAAUAGAGUAGGCCUACACAUUAAAAAAAAAAGUUUGAAGGAAACGUUUUUGGGUCCAUUGGGGAUAGUUUUCUGAAAAGAUCUUGCACAACACCAAAUCAUUCUAAAUGAGGGAACAUGCUGAACCACAAUAAACACCUUAUGAUAAAUUAAAAUUGAUUAAUAAUAUAAAUAAUCAUUAGCUCAGUAUAAAAAACUAUUGCAUAUGGUAAGUCCUCAUAAUGAAGUGUACCAACAUUUGUGUGUGUGUGUGUGUGUGUGUGUGUGUGUGUCUGGCAACUCAUGUCAUGUGUCAGUAUUGCAGUACGUGUCCACCUGCAGUAUCAGAGUCAUCACUUAGCUCGUCCUCGCCUGUGAAGAGCGGCCAAGCCAGCAGGUGGGCGGUAUCAGGGGAGAGCAUUUGGUUAUGAUCUGAACAUUGGGAAUAAAUCAAAUGAUAAAAUGAAAUGAAUAAAACUGUCUAAAGAGGAGCAGGUGCGAUAGAUUUUGGCAGACGAAAAUGUGACCCGUGCAGCUGUUCUUAAUAAUGUCGAUACAAUACAACAUUGUAGUGGUGCGUUAAAGAGAGGCUCCAGUGAUGGAAAAGAUGACUUUCGAAACCAGAUGUUUAGAGAACUGAAAAAACAUAUUAUAUGCCAUACAUUGUGUUUUUCAAUGUUGUGCAGAAAAUAUGUUUUAUCAUUAUGAAAAUUGCAAUACGAAAAAAUCACAAAGUGACCCCUUCACAUUAAUCAAACAAUGCAAAUGUAAAUAUUCUAUGAAAUUAUAUGUUUUGUGUUGGUUUAUUAGAGAGCUUUUGUUUAUGGGGUGGACAUGAGGAUGUUAAUGAUUAACCCUCUAGGCAUUAGGAAUUACAUAGACUCCCUUGUUAAGAAAAGAAUACAAGUAUACUACAUACACCUAUUUUCUGCCUACUAUCUUUUACAAAUAGGGUGUAAAACAGUAUGCAUUAUGCAAAUCGUUCAAGCAGUAGUAUGCUACAUUAUUGUUAUGCCCUCAUUAUUUUGCAUGUUAAAUUCAGCUAUAGUGGCAUCCAUUUAUAUCAUGAAGUCACGUACAUCUGAACGGGAGAGCUAACAGAUAGUUUCCCACAGAUAUUAUAAACAUCUGUGGGUUGUAUACUAUAUACAUGCUACAAAAUUCAGAAAUGCAUUCUAGAGGGCAUUUUAUUGCACACACACACACACACACACACACACACACACACACACACACAAAUGUAUACACUGAGAAAGAAAAUGAUGUCAUAAAUAUUUUCUUGCAUAUAUGCUAAGUUUAUUUUGAUUUAGAAGUACACUAGAAUAUAGAUUACCACCAAGCUAACAGAAAUUAAGUCCAAUGCCAAAAAAGUCAGAUAUUUGCACAGGGUUUUUAAGAUUUUCUUUAUACCAGUGUGUGAGCUUACAGGAAAUUAUACACUGCAAAAAAAAAAACAAAAAAAAAAACUAUUGUAAUACAAAUGUUUUUGAAAUAUGGUAUUUGUUGUUAGAAGGUCUGAUAUGUAUUUUGUAACUAAAUAAACUACCGUUCAAAACAUUUGGGGUUGAUAAGAUUAUUUUUUAUCUUUGAAAUAAGUCUCUUAUGCUCACCAAUAUGGCAUUUAUUUAAUCAAAAAUACAGUAAAAACAGUAAACAGUAUAUUGUAAAACAUAAUUUUAAAAUAAUUAUGUUUUAUUAUAACAUAUUUUAAAUUGUAAUUCAUUCCUAUAAUGGCAAAUCUGAAUUUUCAGCAGCCAUUACUCUAAUUACUAAUAUGCUGAUUUGGCUCAAGAAAUGUUUCUUAUUAUUAUUAUCAAUACUGAAAACAGCUGUGCUGUUUUAUAUUUUUGCAGAAAUCAUUAUUUAUUUAUUUAAAAAAAAUUUCAGGAAUCUUUGAUGAAUAGAACAUUCAAAAGUACAGCAUUUAUUUAAAGUAUAUGUAUUUUUUGCCUUUUAAGCCUUUUACUGUCACUUUUGAUCAUUUUAAUGCAUCCUUGCUA